AUGGGGUGCGCGAAGCAGCAAGUCUCAUAUGCAACAUGGCGCCUCCAGAUAUUCUGGCGGUUACUAGGCCCCUCACACCCGGCACCAUCUCGCCGGGGGUUUUGGACCUCGCAUGCACAACAUGAUCAGCCUCACGAUGAAGCUCCCUCACACGCAGUCACAAAUUCCCUUCCUCCCUCAAAGCGUCUACCGCAAUCGCCAUUGAUCACAUAUUCCCGCUCCGUGCCAGUCAAGCGACGCAAGAAGCUCCCAACUGCAGAAGAUGUGUCUGAGUUGAAGAAAAACCCAUGGGCAGCUGCGCUCGCGUCGCCAGUGCGCAUGUGCUCUGUAUCUGGCGCACGCCUACCGCGUGACCUCCUUGGAGAAUGGGGUCUUGUCCGAAGGCCAAAUACGGACAACAGCUACUUGCUACCAGUGGACUUGUUGAAAGACUCGCUCCAAACACGGCAAGUAGCAGAAACCACAAGCCAGGACAAGGCCACACCCCUAGAUCCAGCUGAUCUGGACCCAGCUAUAGCAGCUCCCGACACACCACUUACGGCAAAUUCAAUACGCAAUGAAAAGCUGGGAAACCAGCUUCUUCUUCGAAUGAUAAAUUCGUUCCCGCUGCUCAAGGGACUUUCCAAACCGUUGUCUAAGAAUACUGGGAAAAAACCGGCAAUCUCUAGAAUUCUGCCCUUCCGCUGGAAACAUCCUCUAGGGCCUAUCACCUCGCGCGUUGAGAAGCAAUUAGUUUGGAGGCAGGACAUGGCGGAGUAUGUUCUGCAACUGAGACAGAGCGAUGUUGUCAAGAAGCUGGAAGAGGCUCGCCGAAGGUACAAAAGACUGGAUAUUCCUAAUAGAGUCUGGAGUGUUCUUGACGUCCAGGAAUGCUCCGAAACUACACUCAUAAACGCAUUGGGACAGUUGGGGCCUCUUGACCGAAUGGCCUGCGGGGCGGUACUUCUUACUUCGCCUGGUUGUGGUGGAGCAUGCCCAGAGACUGUGUUGAACCCGUCAACUCAGAGCCAAAUCCCGGUGUUUGACCUGUCAGCGCUUCUAUCACCCUCAGAAUUGGCGAAGCUGUGUGAUGCAGAAGCCCCGCAUUUCCAAAGCCCUGCUCUGUUUUUUAGGCCAGAUGAUCGCAUAGGAGUUGAAGCGAUGCUGUCUCUAUGGAAGUUGCAGCGAUUUAUCGCAGAAACACCUCACUAA